UUAAACAACACGGAGGCAAUGUAAACCAUGGAGUGUCGCGGAUUUAUACAAUGAUUCAAGGACUACAGACGCUCUGCCAAGGUGCGGUUUAUUCUGCGAGAGGUUAAUGUGUCCACGAAGGUAAACAUGUGAGAGAGCAAAGGGGUCGAAAUAUCUUGGAUUGGGAAAGGUUUGACAGAGCAGGAGGAGGGGGUACUGUGCAAGAAGGGUUUGUUGUGGUUUUCAGCUGCACUUGAGAAACGAGCACAGCCGCGAAACGUGUGACUACCCAAAGUGAUCCACAAUGACGGAACAGAAGGUGAAGUGGGUCUGCGACUACUGCACCUAUGAAAACUGGCCAUCUGCAAUCAAGUGCACUAUGUGCCGCGCACAUAGGUCGAGGGGUCCCAUCAUCACAGAGGAACCUUACAAGAACAGCCCUGAUCUGGAUCCCAGUCUGGAGUGGGACCCUCCCAGAACUGAGAGUGGCAGCAGCCUCCUAAUCUGCCCUGAUUCCAGUGCUAGGCCAAGAGUCAGGUCAGCCAGCAUGGCUGAGAUUGCCAAUAAGUGGUCCUGCCAGAUAUGUACCUACCUGAACUGGCCACGAGCCAUCCGCUGUACACAGUGCCUGUGUCAGCGUCCACGCACCAGCAGCCCCACCGAGUCCCCCCAUACUUCAGGCUCCAAUGCAGGCUGCCGUCCUGCUCUCCACUCCCCCGUGGAUACCUGUGAGGAGUACAAUGACAGAAACAGACUCAACACCCAUCAGCAGCACUGGACAUGUGCAGCUUGCACUUACCAGAACUGGCCCAAAACUACUAAGUGUGUGGUGUGCGACCACCCCAAGCCCAGCAACCAGGAAACCAUAGAGCUCGCCGAGUCCGCGGAGCCGACACCCAUGAUCAAUGAGCAGGACAGGGCUCGUUGGAGGGGCAGUUGCAGUGGAGGCCAGGGCCAAAAAAGGUCCCCUCCUAUGCCCAAGAGGGAAGACAACGUCAAAAUGGACUUCCAGAGAAUAGAGCUCGCAGCUGGAGCCAUGAGCAGCAAAGAGGAGCAAGAGGUCGACUUCAAGAAGUUAAAGCAGAUUAGAAACCGGAUGAGGAAAACAGACUGGCUGUUCCUCAAUGCAUGUGCUGGCGUGGUGGAGGGAGACCUGGCGGCAAUAGAAGCCUACAAGUCAUCCGGCGGGGACAUCGCCCGGCAGCUCACUGCUGACGAGGUGCAGCUUCUCAACCGGUCCUCUGCGUUUGAUGUAGGCUUCACCCUGGUUCAUCUGGCCAUCCGCUUCCAGAGGCAGGACAUGCUGGCCAUCCUGCUCACAGAGGUGAGCCAGCAGGCAGCUAAGUGCAUCCCCUCCAUGGUGUGUCCCGAGCUGACGGAGCAGAUCCGCAGGGAGAUUGCAGCCUCGCUUCAUCAACGCAAAGGAGACUUCGCCUGUUACUUCCUCACUGACCUGGUCACAUUCACCCUGCCUGCAGAUAUAGAGGACUUGCCGCCUGCUGUCCAAGAGAAGCUGUUUGAUGAAGUGUUGGAUCGAGAUGUGCAGAAAGAGUUGGAAGAGGAAUCUCCGGUCAUCAACUGGUCUCUGGAGCUGGGCACACGCCUGGACAGUCGUCUGUAUGCCUUGUGGAACCGUACAGCUGGAGACUGUCUGUUGGACUCUGUUCUACAGGCCACCUGGGGUAUCUACGACAAGGACUCUGUUCUCCGCAAGACCCUCCAUGACAGCCUGCAUGACUGCUCCCAUUGGUUUUACACUCGCUGGAAGGAGUGGGAGUCGUGGUACUCGCAGAGUUUCGGCUUGCAUUUCUCCCUGAGAGAGGAGCAGUGGCAGGAGGACUGGGCGUUCAUCCUGUCUUUGGCCAGCCAGCCCGGGGCCAGCCUGGAGCAGACCCACAUUUUUGUUCUGGCACACAUUCUUCGCAGACCGAUCAUAGUCUACGGAGUGAAAUACUACAAAAGUUUCCGUGGGGAAACGUUAGGAUACACUCGUUUUCAAGGUGUGUACCUGCCUCUGUUAUGGGAGCAGAGCUUCUGCUGGAAGAGCCCCAUCGCUCUGGGCUACACGCGGGGCCACUUCUCGGCCCUGGUGGCCAUGGAGAACGACGGCUACGACAAUCGCGGUGCGGGCGCCAACCUCAAUACUGACGACGAUGUCACGGUCACUUUCUUGCCACUGGUGGACAGCGAGAGGAAGCUGCUGCACAUUCACUUCCUGUCUGCACAAGAGAUGGGCAACGAGGAGCAGCAGGAGAAGCUGCUGAGGGAAUGGCUGGACUGCUGCGUGACAGAAGGAGGCAUGCUGGCAGCCAUGCAGAAGAGCUCCCGCCGCCGCAACCAUCCCCUGGUCACCCAGAUGGUGGAGAAGUGGUUGGACAGAUACCGCCAGAUCCGGCCCUGCGCCUCCCUGUCCGACGGCGAGGAGGAGGACGACGAGGACGAGUGAGUUGGAAAAGAGGAAGAGCUCUGAAAAAGACUGGACACUGUAGGUUCGGGGAGAGUUGCUAUCUACAUUUUUUUUUUUUCCUUUCUCCAAAAUGUAAAUCUUUAACUUGUAAUAAUGCAUGUGUUCUGUGAGCUCUGUGAUAGAAAAAAAAAAACAGCACCAACAUCCAGAAUCCUGAUUACUGCUCCUAUGAAAGCACAUCAAGUCCACUUCCUCUACCCAGAUUUCUC